GGACACAUCCAAACCCCAUGGGUUCAUUUUUUCCCUUUACCUGACCGCCCCCCUCACCAUCACAUCAAGAUUCAACAACAUAAAUUCAAGAAAAACUACCUUCAUAUUGCUUAUGUAGUUACAAGAAUUCGAAAAUGGCAAUUAGUGGCACUUGCCCAAAUCUCCCUCCACUCAUUCUUCUUCUUCUAGUUGUUCCAUUAAUCUUCAUUAGUUCAGUGUAUGCAACAUGCCAGCUGAGUUUUGAGGAGGACAAUAAGGUUUACACUUACAGUUUAACAAAACCAAUUACUAAUUACCCUCAUGGCAUCCUUAGUGAAGAUGGGUUCUACAAGGUGGCUGUUAAUGGGACUGUGCUAUGGUUUCAGCUUUGUGAUGCAAUGAUUUUCAACCAUGAUCCUCCUACCUGUGUCGAGUGUGGGGACUGUGGUGGUAUUUCUCGUUGCGGGAUGGGUUGUAGUGCCCUUGUUGCUAACACUGUUGGAGGUUAUCCCGUGUGCACUACUCUUGGAUAUUCAUCAAGUACGUCCUUUGAACUCAUUGACAAAGAGGAUCCACUCAAAGGCAUCAUGGCUAAACUAUCUAAUAGAGGGCCAAAGCUCAACUGUUCACUUACUGUGUCUAUUGUAUGUGAUACAAAUGGAGUUCAAGGUCCUCAGACACUUGAAUUAGUUGGGACUUGUGAUUAUGUUACACAAAUACAUCACCCCUCUGGCUGUGCAGUGAUUAUAUCCUCUCAUGGGAGUGGAAUGGGCUGGUUCGGUACGAUGUUGAUAAUAAUCCUAUUCUUCUUUGGAGUUUACUUGCUGGGUGGUGCAUUCUAUCGGUACUACUCUUUGGGCAUUCGUGGGAUAGACGUAAUUCCAAACUUGGAAUUUUGGGCGAGCUUGCCACAUACAUUACAGAGUUCGUUUACAUCAUUGGUGAGGAGAUUUAGAGGACCUUCUCAUGGUCACAGGAGCUCGUAUUCUCCUGUCAAUUUUUGAGCAAUAACAUGUUAACUACUCAAAUGAUAUGAUGAAUCAAUUUUUGACGUGGAUCGACAGUUGACUCUUUCAAGUUGCUUCAAGAAAAUCAGAUCCUCGUGCUCCUCUCCAGUAAGACGAAAACUAGACAUCUUACAACUUGGCUCUUUGUCAUGGACCUCACUUCAAUUGUUUGUAAUUUCUUUGGACACGCUGUCGUUUUGCUAUCAUGUUCUAGUUGACAGCAUUAUUUUUAGGCUGUUGGUGCUUUUACCAUGAAGAGGUUUUGGAUCUGAACUAAUUAUUCCCACUAUUUUUUUUUAGACAGAAGUUCACCAUUUUUCGCGA